CUGCUGUGGGCUGAAAACAAGAGGCUGAGCAAGGCGGCGGAUGCGGUGGAGAAGAAGGGACCGUACAUCGUGAGCAAACCCCCCUCCAUCCACGCCAAGCUCAAGCGGCAGCGCGAGCUGGCGAAGGCGGCGCUGCGGAGGCAGGGGCUGCUGGGGGCACCCGCGCCAAACCCGAAACCAGCACCAAAAAGGUCAGUCAAGUUUAACAAGGGCUACACGGCGCUGAGCCAGACGGCGGAUGAGAACCUGCUCUCCCUCGAUUCGGAUAGUGACGAGGAGCCAGGAUCCAGAUGUUCCUCAGGCUACUCCUCCGCUGAGCAGGUGAACCAGGACCUGAGCCGGCAGCUGCUGCAGGAUGGGUACCACCUCGACGAGGUCCCCGAUGAUGAGGAUCUGGAUCUCAUCCCUCCGAAACCUGUCGCCUCCUCUUCUUGCCCCUGUUGUUUCGGAGACAAUCUCUCCUGUGUGAUCCAGUAG